UGAAAUCGAACACCGCGCAUCACGGGAGUGUUUUCAACGCUAUCAACUAAACAUAUAUACCUUGGCCGUAUACAAAGAACAACAAUAUUCAUGAUGCCCAUUGAACUCGAUCUCGAUUCUAUCUUGCAGUUUGCUAUCAAGCUCGCCCUCGACGCGGGUCAGAUUAUUCGGGAAGGCCAGGAAAAACGUUUCGCCUCAGAAAGUGCUCAGGAAGAUGAGAAACUCAACAGUGUUGAUCUCGUAACCGAAGUUGACAAAGCCGUGGAAAAGUUCAUUGUCGAAAGGAUUAGAGAGGCUUAUCCUUCCCAUAAGUUCAUCGGAGAGGAAUCGUAUGAAGGUCAACAAAUCACCGAUGAACCCACUUGGAUUGUCGAUCCCAUUGAUGGUACCACCAACUUUGUCCAUGGAUUUCCCAUGGUGGCUACAUCAAUUGGCCUUGCCCACAAGGGUAUCCCUGUAGUGGGAGUCAUCUAUAAUCCUUUCCUCGAUCAGUUGUGGUCUGCUGCCAAAGGAAGGGGUGCAUAUCUCAAUCAAAAGCGAAAACUUCCCAUCACAGGCUCAUCCAAGCCUCUUGCAUCUCUCGGUCAAGCCCUGAUUGGUGUUGAAUAUGGGAUGUCUCGCUCUCCUCCGGCCCUGCCCCGUAAAUUGGCCGCAUUCGAAAAGCUGACCGCCCAUACGGACGUAGGCGGGAAGAUGUGCCAUUCUUUGAGGAGUAUGGGUUCGGCUGCGCUUAACAUUGUACUUGUGGCAAGCGGGGGCCUUGACAUAUAUUGGGAAGUUGGGUGCUGGCCGUGGGACGUUUGCGCUGGAAUUUGCAUCCUCGAGGAAUCCGGGGGUCGUUGUUUUGGUGCAAAAACUGCUGAUCUUAGUGGUGAAGUUGACGCCAAAUUGAUGGCCGGCAGAAAAUACGCCAUGAUUAGAAGUAUCAGAGCCACAGACAGAUUGUCCUUUUGCAGAAAGAGACGUCCUUGGAUCAACAAAAGAAAUUUAUCAAAGAGUUUUACGAUUGUGUUGAGGAUUUCGACCCUUGAGUUUGCCACAAGUACUGGUGAAAACAAUAUAAUGACCUGCUCUGAUGACAGGCCAAGGGCUUCGACUAUGGUGGUGGCAGUCUUUAGUUAGUGAAAUCUGUGAGGAAAUGAUAAUUGAUGCAAGACGAUUGGCUGC